UACUGCUAAACAGCCUGUACUCUUCAGUUCACCUGUAUCUAUUGUACAUCUUCUGCUUAUAUUGUAGGCUACAAGGUCCUAAAGUAAUGAGAGGAAUAGUCAUAAUAACAGUAACAACAAUAGGAUAUAUGAAACAUGGGCACUUCUCUUUUUUUUUUUUUUUAAACAGAUAUAGAUAUAUGCGUGAUAGAAAUGGCAUACAGAAAGAACUGUGGCUACCCUGGCAUCUCAGCUGAGGUCUGUGAGAAGAAAGGUUGCUGCUUUGACUCAGCUCCCCCUGCCGUUCCUUGGUGCUUCUUUCCUGAAAAGGUGGAAGAAGUGACAGAGUUUCAUGAGGAGGAGAUGAGAGGAUGCCCGUUCACAAUACCCAGUAGCCUCGGGGUUGCUAAAAGUGAAUCUACCCAGAAACUGGAACCAGGAUCCCCUCUGACAAUUGAAUCACUCAAGCAAGAACAUAACAGUCCUCACAUCUUGAACUUCACUGUGAAACAGGAGGAGAAAGAUGAGGAGCAUCUAUCAGGCAGCAAAACUGCCCAGAGAAAGUUUGGCUUGAUUAAUGGAACAUCAAGACAUCUAAAAAGAGAGAUGGUCAUUAGCACCUGUGAAGAACAAGGAGCCAUUCAAGAUCCUGAGCCCUCCUGCAAAUCUAGCAGCAGCUGUUACAGAAGUUUUCUCCAUUGGGAGGACCAAGGCUUACAAGUCAGAAUGGAGCAGAAGGGGUUCUGGUUACACUCCAUCAUCCUCAUUGUCGGACUCAGUGCCCUUUCUGAAGGAGAAGAACUUGCAUCAUCCUGCCAGUGUCAAGUAGAUCCAAAAAUGAGAGAGAACUGUGGACAACCAGAUAUCACUGCUGAGCAGUGUGUGGCUCAAGGAUGCUGUUUCAGCUCAGCAGUCGCUGGUGUUCCCUGGUGCUUCGUUCCUGAACCAAACCAAUGUUGCUAAAAGUGAAUCUACCCAGAAACUGGAACCAGGAUCCCCUCUGACAAUUGAAUCACUCAAGCAAGAACAUAACAGUCCUCACAUCUUGAACUUUGUAAUAAUUUUCAUUUCCAGGGCAUUUUGCCUUGGAUUUAUUUCUUUUCAAUGACAUGGUUAAGCAUGGCAUAUACUUUUCUUAGUAGGUUAGUACCAGGCAGCUGUUCAAAGAAUAAAAAAAAUAUCA